AUGCUGCACGUUCUGUCUCUCGUAGCCAUCUCUCUCUUUUCCGCCCUCAGCUUUGCCUCGCCUCAUCCACAAACAAGCACCACACCCUGUAUUUCGGAGACAGACGGUAAUGCCGGCGCCAGUGACACCGUCAUCACUGUGGCCAGCACUCUGACCGCCACCGUCGUCGCAUCGGGGUCAGCCACUUCGAGCUCUAGCACUACCACUGCUGGCCCAUUGACCACUCCAACCUCAUGGCUCACCGUCACUGCUUAUCGGCUUGGCUCGCCAAUCCACCUUCUGCCAAUGAAUGCUGCCGGCUAUCAUUUCUAUCUUGGAGGAGACACAGUGUCAUACUGUCCAACAGAAGUAGAAGAAGAGGGUGGCAUAUGUCCACCAGGAAACCAGACGGUGCUUUCUCUUUGCUCGAUGGGCACUCUUGUCCCUGGAAGUCAAUAUUUGUACGUGACACCUAGCGGCGAGCUCGGCUACACCCAAGCACAUUCAGUUUCCAUGCCUGAAGGGUCAGUCCAGUGUCCUUUCACGUACUCCAAGGCCCCCGGAGCGACAAUUGGACGAUUGGAUCUAAGAGUAUUCGGGGCCUUGGGCCUGGUCGCAUGUCCUACCUAUGGAGGAACCUGGCAAGUUUUCGCAAACCUGAAGAACAUUACGGCACCUCGAGGCAAUGUGUCCCAGUGCCUUGGGUUUGAUCCUUUGGCUUUUGAUACUCCCAAUAUUGGAGCGUGGCAAUACACGUAA